AUGGCUGCUCUGUUUGUUCCAGUUCCCACCCCAGUAGACAGGACUGCAGCACACAGGUCUUGGAUCAAGAGGGGGUCUCCCAUAGGUACUAGCACCUCAUCCACUGACUGUGAGCCCUCACCUCCAGAGGGAAUUCCAUCAGUUACAGGAGUUGGACCCUGGGAUACUGCAGAUAAGUCCCAGAGUAGACCCCAAGGAGGUAUGUUGGAUGGGUCAAUCCCACUGCUGGAGGGUGAAAGGGAAUUUGGGGAAAGCUGGGUGGAGAGACCCAUCACCCCAACACUGCUGGGCUAUGAGAUCCGUGAGGACAGGGCAAAGUUCACGGUUUAUAAGAUCCUGGUGACUGGGAGUGAAGCGGACAGCUGGGUGAUUUUCAGGAGAUACACAGACUUCUGCAGACUCAACGAUAAGCUUAAAGAGCUAUUCCCUGGCUUACGUCUAGGCCUUCCUCCUAAACGUUGGUUCAAAGACAACUACGAAGAGGAGUUUCUGGAGGAGAGGCAGAUCGGGCUGCAGACCUUUCUGCAGAACUUGAUAUCACACAAAGAUAUCAUGAGCAGUGAAGUUGUCAAACAUUUUCUGUGUUUGGUUGAGCCACCAAAUCCAUUUGACAGUCUGGAGGAAAGCAGAGCUUUCUGUGAGACUCUGGAGGAAACUAACCAUCGUCUCCAGAUGGAGCUCUUGGACAAACAGAGAGAAGUUGACACUUUAAAGAUGACUCUAGAGGAGAGAGAGAAUCACAUCAACCUCCUGGCAAAGAAAGUGAAGUAG